GAAAAGAAGUCGGCCCACCAUCCUUUUUUGUCCAAUUUCAAGAAUUUCAAAGUUAACUAACUGUGGAAGACGGGCACGUGAUAGCGCUGAUGUAUUCCAGAUGGUGACUGUCUAUUGGUCUCUAUAUGCUCUAAGAUAUUUAGAUAAGUCAGUAAAAAGAUGUAUACGUUUUUCUGAUGUUUUGAUUCAACACUGCAUAAAAUUAUGGCGCUUUGGAACAAAGUAUUAUCAGGAUUUGAUGCAGAAGAUGAAACUGUCAACUUUGGUGCCCGAACCGUAGCUGAGAGUUAUGAUUCCGUUUAUGAAAUCACUACUCUUGCUACCAUUCAGACAGAGGACAAGGUCGUCAACAAUCCACAGGUUGUUACAUCAAUCGAGGACUGCAUGCUAUGUAUUUCAAUAGAUAAAUCCAUUACUAUAUUUGAGGAUCUAUCUUGUAAAGAUAUCAGAUUAUGUAUUGGAUUUGAUUCGUUAAUAACAUCCCACUAUAUAUCCAAAGACUUGUCUUUUCUAUUUGUUACAUUGAACAAUGGAAGUCUUUAUUGUUUAAAUUUGGAAGCUGGUGGCAGAUUGGUAUUUAUCAGGAAUGUCAUUCAGAGUCAAGAUGAUACAGGUGAAAUUAUUGUGAAAAUAUUCCAAGAACUCGAUGAAUCUGACUCUUCAAAUUUAUUGCUCAUCACAUCGAAAGGUCACAUUUAUAGAUUAUCCGGGUUCAAUGCGCAAAUCAUAGAGGCUGUAUUGCAUGUGGAGGAUGCUUCAAAACUCAGAGAACUUACAAAAAACAUUGAAUGCCAUUCAGUAUUCAGACAACACUCCGUCCAAGAAGUACACAAUGUUGUAGCGUGUCUUCUGAAUCAGCAGCAAUCUGUAGUUAUGGUUAGUGAAGAUAUUUAUGUUUGGCCAAGUCAAUGUUUUUCUUCAUUCAAUGACUUACCAUAUAAGUAUGUCAAAAUACAAUAUAUGCGAAAUCGAAGAUCCUUGUUGUGCGUGCGAUGUGAUGGAGCAUUAAAUCUUGUUUGCCCUAACACGCUGCUUGGAAGAAAAGUUUGGGAUGGACCUGUUUCUGAUAUUAUGAUUGUUGACAAUGAACCUGAUACUCCAACUCAAAUUCUUAUUUUAUUGAAACCACAAAUGGACAGUUCCAAUACGUUUUUACAGCUGGUUUCUUUUCCUGAUUUUCAAGUCAAAUUCAAUCUACAAGUUUCUUCAACUAUUUCUUUAGUUGAUUUUAGUAGUGGUUCAACAAAUGAAAUAAUAUUUUUGGAAUGUACGGGCACAACCACGUCAGCUAUUGACACUAUUAGAAUCAGAGCAGUAGAAGAAACAUUGCCAGAGUGUCAGUUACAGAGAUUGUUAAGGCGUAGUAAAUAUGAAGAGGCUGAAAGCUUUGCUGAACGGUUUAAUCUAGACACAGAUGCGAUUUACACUGCAAAAGCUAUUACACUUACAAAACAGUGUAGUACAUCAGCGAAUGAAAAUUUCUCAACAUCCACACUCAAGAAACUUAUUGAUACUUUGGAUAAAGUUAAAAAUAUUAAACUCGUAAUUGCAUGUUGUCAUAACAUUGUCACUACCGACUUUAAGCAGAAUAGGGAACUCUUUUCUUAUGCACGUGAAAGAUUAAUGGAAUGUGCAGAGAAAAGAAGUGACGAUCUAGUAGCUGCACACUUAUUGGAACUAAACAAUACUAUAUUGCGAACUCAAACUUAUGAAAUGAUCCAUAAAACUAAGGAAAAUACUCUUAUGUGCAAUAAUGAGGAAACAAGUAAUUGGGCUGAAUUUUCGAAAUCAAAUUUAUUGAGGGAGUGUAAAAAAUAUUUGGCUCUUGGUGAGAUUAAGAUUGCGGCGCUGAUUUGGGUACGACAUGCAUCGAGCUUAUUGAGCCAUUUAACUACAACUAUGGUAGGGGAAAUUUUGGAAAAAAUUCCAGACGGAACACCCCACCAGGAUUUGUGGGCUUGGCUCUUCCACUUUGUGCCAUCUAUUCUUUCUGUUUUUCCUGACGGUUUAUCAGAAAUAGUCACUUGGGGCUACAGACGAGCCAAAUCCUUUGAAAAAUUUGAUCACAGUAAAUGGCCAGAGAGUGGACUCGAAUUCUGCGAGGGUCUACUGAGUUUGUUCAAUUUCAGAGAAUCACAAUCAUUCUCUCACUUGCAACAACAAUACAAUACAAAACAUUCACCAUUGCAGCAUCUGAAUGCCGUCAUUCAAGCCUUGACCGAUUUGCAGGAUCUUAAAAAAAAUUACAGAUUAAUUGUCAAAAUUGAUGAAUAUAUGGGUGAGCCAAUAGAAGUAGCACAUAUAUUGCUGCACAAAGUAUAUCAAAACGAAGUUUGUAAUUUUGUUCCAAACUUUUUGCAUCGGUAUAUGCUUGCUCAUUCUCUGAAUAAUGAUCACGUCUUAGCGCUAUACAUUCAGCAAACAUUGAAAAGGUCUGAAGGAUGGUGGUUUUGGGAAGAAGCUCCAUGGGAGAAGAAAAUAGUUGAUAUUAUCAGCUGUAUACACAAUAUUGAGGGUCGCUUACAACAAACUUUGUCGACAUUAAAAAAAGCGCCUGUUCCAUGGAGUUCUACAAUCUUAGCGCUAGUUGAAACUAGUAUUUGUAAUAAGCAUCCACUGGUGUCUGAAAUUAUAGCUGAACGUAAUUCGGUAGCAAGCAAGUUGAUAUUGAAAAAAUAUGGCUAUCAGCAUAUAGGUAUCAACGACAAUUUGAUAAAAUAUAUAAUAAAACAGAAUCGAGAUGGCAUGCUAAAAGAUAUAUAUGAGCUUACAAAAAGUAAUCAAUUAUUAAAAAUUCGAGCUCUGUCACAAAGCGUUAAUCAUUUUGUGAACAAUGGAGAUUUGGAAGAAGUGACCACCCUUAUAAAUUGCAUGAACGACGAAGAUGCAAUAUAUUGUUGUAAACAAAUAGUUAAUUAUAUUAGCGUUUGUGUUCAGUUUAAGGAAAUGAAUAACACUCCAGAUUAUUAUGUUGAACUGUUAGAUAUAAUGCAAGUGAAGUUAAACGGGGUUAAAGAUCACAAAACUUUGAUCGAGGAUGAUACACUCACUACUGCAUCUGAAUUAAAAUCCCUGUGUCAACUACGCAAAGAAUUUGGGUUCAAGUUAACUCUUAUAGAUUGUCAGACAAGGCGGGAGACUAUUCUACAGAAUCAUCUUGAACAAUUGUGUGAUGACUUACAUAAUAUGAGAUUAUCAGCAUUUGCUACCUAUAAAAAAGCUUUAAGGGUUGCCAGUCUUCUGGGAUUACCACAAAUUUUGGCCCUAUGCUUGUUACUUGAGAUCACCCAAAACACAGAGAUACUCAAGUAUUACGUCGAGACAAAAGGAACUAGUUGUUUCACGGUUAACGAAUAUCCUUAUGUUCAGAGAUUAUGUAGAAUAUGCAUAUUAGAUAUGAAAAUAGGGGAGCUUGAUACUUUGGAGAACUUGAAGAAUAUGUCAGCCUCCGCAUUAGAUAGUUGUUCAAUUGGGGAUCUCUCACGAAUAUUAUCAACAACAAGUUGGAUCAAUUUGAGUUGUAAAAUAUAUGGCAGUGAAGCAGUUAGUCAAGCAGCUAUGAAAAAUGUAUUAGGUGAUAAAACGCCAUGGAGGUUGUAUAAAAUCUACACGGAUACUGAUAUAUAUUCCAGCCGGAUGAAUUUACGUUUUCUUGAACGGUCAUUCGAGUGUCAUUCAUUUUGCACAUUAGACCGUGAAAAGAUCAGGGGCGAUUCUGCUUUAUCAACGCAAAAUGAUUCCAGCCCACUAAGUGGUCUAAUAACUGAAAUAAAAUUAAUACCCAAAGAGAAUUAUGAUUUCUCUUUUCUGCAAAUUUUAAAUACUUUGGUAUCUUUUUGCUGUUCUACAAUAAGUGCAGAAACGCAUAUUUUCCUCCCUAUUCAGUCAGUACGAGACACAUGCUUGAACAUGUUAUUGCAAAAAAUAAUCAGUGCUCGUACUUUUGAUCUGCAAUCCGGCCUGUCUUGCCUCUAUAUGUUUUCUGAACCAGAUGCCUUCAAAUGGCUCACAUCGGCUAGCAAAAUGUAUCAAUCGGAUUAUUCACGUCAUGGUGCAAUCUCAGAUCUUGGCUAUGAAUAUUGUAACUUAAGUAAGAGUGACACACAUUUAAGUUAUUUUGCCUACUAUCGCAUGUGCCAUACUUGGGCGAAAAAAUUGUCCAAGUAUGGUAUUCAACCUAAAGAAAUAUUGACCAGUAACACUGAAGGGAAGCAAAAGAUCCUGGAACGCGUGAUGCGUUCCAUGAAAUCUGGCUGCAUUGAGCUAAUCAAAGAAUUCUGUAUUGAUUUUGACUUUGACUUAGACGAAUGCUAUAUUUUGUAUCUUGACAUAUUAUUGAAACAAUGGAAUCCUGCGAUAAAAAUUGUCUCAUUACAAAAUGAGAAAGAAUUAAGAAUUGAGGAAGAUGAAGUUGUUACACUAUAUAAAACUUGUAAAGAUGUGGCUGCUUUGAUAGAACACAAAUCCUCUUUGGAGAAUCAUUUGGCUACUUUAUGGUUGACGAUUAAUUUUUAUCAUUACGAAGUCUUCCUUCUGAUCAUGGAAAUACUCGAAGACAGAAAUGAACAAUGGCUGAACCACUUCUGUUUUUUACAAAACUACGUUCGGAUUGGGAAACCAACUCAAGUGGAAUAUGAAGAAUGGUCUCAUAUUUGUCCGGAUAAUAGUUCUCUCCCAGAAAUCUCUCAGUGGAGACUUCCAUUCUUACCCAAAGUUGACCAAUGGAAACUUAUAACACCGGAGUUGAAUUUGUCAACUUACAAAAAAUGGAUAGACAUAGCGUCUGUUUUAAAAUUACAAAUACAUGUGAUUUGUACCAUAGCCAUAAAAGGAAGUAUCACUCAAAUAUGGGAAGCGGGAAAUGAAUCAAAAAAAGGUACAUCCGAAUGGCAAAUUCAUUCAAAAAAUCCAGCAUUGCUCGAUGAUAUUACAGCAUGUAUAAAGCAUAUGCCGGAUCAAGAUGCACCUUACUAUGGUACGGCUGUUCUUUACUAUGUUGUUAAUCACUGUCAACCAGGCGCUGACCAAACAGCUGCUGCCCAAGAAUGUUAUGCCUAUGCUCAGAAAUGGGCACAAACAUCUCAUUCAGACAAAGUAAUGAUAGAGAAAAUUAAGUUUAAAUACGUAAACCUUUCGGCGAAACAUGUUUUGUACACACAUGGGCUCGGAAAGAAUCACUACCUACAGUUGAUUAACUCUCCCGAACAGUUACUUCGUGAGCUGUAUUUGGAUAAGAGUAUAGUUCUAAGAAGUCGUGGUGCAACUGAAUAUAAACCUGAUAUAAAUCUGGUAGCAAAUGAACUUGGGAAAAUUUUUUCUCUGAAUGUUUUGAAACUUCGAUUAGAAUUACUUGAAGAAUGGUUACAGCCAAAUGAGAGUAGUACUAAACUGGACGACAGUAUGACUAGCAAUAUCAUGACACAGAUUCCUGAGGAUAACACCAUUGAUGAUGAUAACUUGCUGCGAGCUUGUUACAUACUUGAAUGGGGGGACAAAGUGAUGUCUGCCAAUUAUUUAAUAAAUACUGGAUUCAGUAACCAAAGUGAACUUUCGUUCAGUGCUGGAGUUCAAUUUCGGGCUCUUCAUGUACUCUUAGCUAUUAUGGAUUCGAGAACUGUGCAAGAUCUCACUAAAAGGGACCUGCAGAGCAUUAAGCAGUAUAUGAAAUCAUUGCAAUACUCAAGCAAGCUGGGCAAGCUUGGAUUCGUAUUCAGUGUUCAAAGAUUUGAGGAUACUCCAAAACUUGAAUUAGCACAGGCGUUGUUUAGAAGUCAUAUGCAUUUACCAGAGGCACUUGUUCUCAUUCUACAAAUCUGUAUUGAUUUUGAAUUAAGAAAUUAUGUCUUAUGGGAUCAGACAUUAUGUGCAAUGGUAAAAUUGUCCAUGGUCACAGAACUUAGAAAAUUCUUACCGAAAGUAUCAACCGUGAGUCACGUGGUGGGCUGUAAUGGCUAUGUCAAAAGUUGGGAACUAUUAAUAUGGGAUCCAUUUCGAAAGUCGAAUGCAUUAUUUUCUCAGAAGCAAUUUGAUGAGUGUGUUGCGGCAAUUCGUUUAAUACCUUCGUGUCCUGUGGCACAUGAAUUAAAUCUCAAGCCAGUCAUCAAAAUUUGCUUUCAAUCUCAUCACCCUGAGCUGGCUGCUGCUCUUAUACCAUUUCUUACCGAAAGUGAUGUGAAUUACGUUGUGAAGGAAAUUAGCUCUUCGAACAAAGUCGCAGACAUCCUCAAAGAUCUUCGCGCACUUUCUACACAAGGCAUUCUAACAAUAUCAUACUCUGUACGAAUACUUGAAAAAAUGCUAUCAGCGAAUUUGAUGGGAAAUUGAUGGGGCUGUGAAGUUGCGAACCUUAGGCUCCAGGUUCAGUUUUGUUGAAGCCAGCACUAAGCGGAAAAUAUACAAUAUAACCAAGAACAAA